GCUGGAUGAAUGCACUUCUUCUCUUAGUCCUGAUCGCAGUUCAUUGGCUAUGUUAUCUGUGGAAAUGUUAUCUGCUGUACCGCGAAUAUAAGGUCCAUCGAAACAAUGAGAAACGUCCGCAACACGUUGAAGAGCUCAUUUCGGAAGAGGAUUAUGCCAAAGCUCGUGCAUACAUUUUGGAUCGUCACAAGUAUACGUUUGCCUACGAUUUGUUUGAUCAGAUUUGGACAACGUUUCUUUACACAUCUGGCUUCAUUGCUUGGUUCUGGCAUUUGAGCUCCAGAUUCCCAUCGCAAUCCUUUGCGUUCUUAAUCAUCAAACUUGUCAUCGAUUAUGUAGUUGAUUUACCUUGGAAAUGGUACAACAAUUUUGUGGUGGAAGAAAAGCAUGGUUUCAACAAGCAAACUCUCUCUUUCUUCAUGAAGGACUACGGAAAAAAAUUGUUGCUUGAAUUGGUGAUAUAUACAGUACUUCUUAUCUCAACACUGUGGCUCUUUGAAAGUGGAGUACCGUAUUUCGUGUUCUAUGUUUGGCUGAUUGUAAGCAUUUUUGUGGUUAUUCUGUAUUAUAUCUACCCCAUCUACAUAUCUCCCUUGUUCGACAAAUUCGUGCCUCUUCCUGACGGAGAACUAAAGAAAGCUGUGGAGAAGCAAGCAGAAUCAGUUGGAUUUCCUCUUAAGGAAGUUUUUGUAGUAUUAGGUUCAAAGCGCUCUGCUCACAGCAAUGCGUACUGUUUUGGUCUUGGGAAAAAUCAGCGUAUAGCUUUGUAUGACACUCUUCUGAACAUAGACGACAAGCGAAAGGUGCAAGAGCUUUGUGGUGAGCCGAAUGAAACUCGAGAAACGUCCGAAAAAGGAACGGGUCUCUCUGAUGGUGAAAUCGUGGCUGUCCUUGGUCAUGAACUUGGUCACUGGUCGCUUUGUCAUAAUCUAAUUCUUCUGUUCAGCGUCAACAUUAACACUCUUCUUAUGCUUAUCGUAUUUGCUAAUUUUUACAAAUGGAAGCCAUUGUAUGAGGUGUUUGCUUUUUCCUCCACUCCAACGAUAAUUGGAAUCUUACUCGUUUUCAACUUCAUUUUGGGGCCAUACCUGCAGGUGUACAAGAUAGUCUCUGCUACGACUGUCAGACAAUGCGAAUAUGCUGCCGACCGGUUUUCCGCCAAGCUUGGCCACGGUGAAGAGCUCAUCACGGCUUUGAUCAAAUUUGAAAAGGAUAACCUGAUAAUGCCAAUCGACGAUCCACUCUAUUCGAUGUGUGUGCAUACUCAUCCAACAAUAAUGGAAAGGAUAGCUGCAUUGAAGAAAAAGGAAUAGACUUCCAUUUGUUUCUUUCACUGAUGGAUAACUGAAGAUGACUAAUGUUUUUAUAAAU